UUUGUCCUAUCGUAGAGCGCUUCCGUAGGCGGUAUUUUGUUUUCACUGCGCCAGUUGUGUUGUGAGACCGCUUCAUCUGUGGAAGUUUACGGUGUUGCUGCUGUGUCAUGGCUGGCAGAAAAAAGAGUAACACGGAGCCCGAGGAGCAGGAUGACAACGAAGAUACUGUGGACGACACUAACCGCAGGGAGAUACGACACAAGUACCGGGAACUUAUGCUCAGCAUGCAGCAGAACAGGGAGGACAUGCUGUCAUCUAGGAACAACAAACUUACGGAAGUCCUUGAAGAGGCCAACAAAAUCUUUUCAGGUGUGUCCAGAGCAAGAGAAGCGGCUCUUGAUGCUCAGUUUCUUGUCCUGGCUUCAAAUCUUGGCAAGGAGAAAGCGAGUCAGCUUCAUGCAGAUAUGACUGUGUUUGAUCCAACAUCGUUCACAGAAGACUUGCUCUCAUUCAUGGGCAUAAAUCGCAUGGAAAGCGCCGAAGAUGACAGCGACAAUGAUUUUACUGUUGGUUUUUUACCGUCAGAUGCCUGGCAGAGACUUGGAACAGAAGCUGAUAAAUACUUUAAAAAGACUCCAACUUUUCAUUAUAUGUUGGGUUCAUUCAAGACAGAACCUCCAGCUGUUCGACAAAAGAUUGAAAGGCAGCGGAAGACUAACAAGACAGAGGAAAAGCGAGUUAUGCCUGCUCAGUUGAAAAAAAUGGAAGAAUCUCACCAAGAAGCAACAGAAAAGGAAGUUGAGCGAAUCCUAGGAUUUCUGCAGACAUACUUCAGAGAAGAUCCUGACACACCUAUUUCCUUCUUUGAUUUUGUAAUUGAUCCGGACUCCUUUGCACGUACUGUUGAGAACAUCUUUCACGUAUCCUUUAUUAUAAGGGAUGGAUUUGCAAGGAUAAAACUUGACCAGGACAAGCUUCCAGUGAUAGAACCUGUAGCUCAGGAAAAUGAGACAAAAGUUGACAAGGACAACCAGCCUAGGCAUCAGGGAAUUAUCUCACUUAGCCAACAAGACUGGAAGGAAAUUGUUGAAACAUUUGAAAUUACUGAGCCCAUGAUUCCUGCACCUUCUGCACCAUCAAAUGUAACUUGAGUUUGUUCACAAGAUACUGGUUUUACUAUGGUUUCCCUCAUAUAUUUUUUUACCUACCUCUGGUCAAGAUUUUUAUUUUUAAAUAUUUGUAAAUGUAUAUAAAUUUAUAAGAUAUUGUACAAUUUAGAAUUCAAAGUAUUUUUUAAGAAUCUGUAUAUAUUUUUUAUUUUUAAUUAAAGUUACAUUUAUUAUGUAUAUAUUGUAUUUGGUCAUAUAUGUUUGCAAGAUUGACUUCACAUUUGUAGCUUCUGCACUUCCAUAUUAAAUAAGCUCUUGCAGGCAUUCGUUUAUA